ACAAACCUACCAAGAAUACUCCCUAUCCCCUUUCCUUAACACCAACCUCCCCUUUUCUUUCAUUCCCCUGCAGGCUCGAAGAAAAACGGAAUCUCUACAAACCAGAAAAACCCUUUUCCUUUUCAUCUCCGAGCUUUGUUCUGGGAGAAGGGUUUUUCUUCUUUCUCCCUUUUUCUUCCUUCAACCAUCAUUUAGUUUCAAUGGCUAAAGGGGCUAAAGCCUCUAAACUAUUGUGAAGGCUUUUGUGUUUGAGGGAGGAAAAUAAGGGAAACAAAAAAUAUACCUCGAGUUUAUGAUGGCUCGAGCCCUGGACGGCAUUCAGAAAUCGAAAUCUUUCCGCUUCAAAAAGAUGUUAGAGAGUCCUGGUCGACACGUACGCAGCCUUUUACUUGAAAAUGAUGAUGGAGGAGCUGGGGAUGAUAGGGUACAAUUUAGAAGUCAAGGGUCGAAAACUGCAGGUGACCGGCCAUUGGAACUCCACCAGACUGGAUUUUCCCUUCACCAAUCCAGUAAUUCAGCUCAAUCCAGUAAUUCGGCUCAAUCUAGUAAUUCAGCUCAACCUUCACACUCGAGCUUGCGGCCUGCUGCUUCACAUUCACAAGAGGUGGAGCAGAUUAGGGAAAGAUUCGCCAAGCUGCUUUUGGGGGAAGAUAUGUCAGGUCGAGGGACGGGUGUUUCUUCAGCUUUGGCCUUGUCUAAUGCCAUUACAAAUCUUGCUGCUUCGGUUUUUGGAGAACAAUGGAAACUAGAGCCUAUGUCUGCAGAGAGGAAAGCCAUGUGGAGGAAAGACAUUGAUUUGCUUCUAUCUGUAGCUGAUUAUAUUGUCGAACUCGUCCCUUCUCAACAGACAGCCAAGGAUGGAACUACCAUGGAGGUAAUGGUGUCACGGCAAAGAAAGGAUCUUCUUAUGAACAUCCCAGCGCUGCGCAAACUGGAUGCUAUGCUUAUUGAGCACCUGGAUAACUUCAAAGGCCCGAAUGAGUUCUGGUAUGUGUCCAGAGAUGCGGAGGAUGCAGGGAGUAGAGAGGAUGACAAAUGGUGGCUACCCAGACCCAAGGUUCCUCCCAAUGGGCUAUCAGAUGCAUCCCGAAAAUGGCUGCAAUUUCAGAAGGAAUCUGUAAACCAAGUGCUAAAAGCAGCCAUGGCCAUAAAUGCUCAGUUACUAUCAGAAAUGGAAGUCCCUGAUGACUACAUUGAAUCCCUUCCAAAGAAUGGUAGAGCAAGCCUUGGUGACUCAAUCUAUAAGAGUAUUACAGUUGAAUUCUUUGAUCCUGAGCAAUUGCUCUCAACCAUGGACUUGUCCACAGAUCAUAAAGUGCUUGAAUUUAAAAACAAGAUAGAGGCCUCUAUUGUGAUUUGGAAGAGGAAGAUGAACCACAAGGAUGGAAAGUCCACCUGGGGUUCAGCUGUGAGCUUGGAGAAGAGGGAACUCUUUGAAGAAAGAGCAGAGACCAUCUUACUCCUACUCAAACAGCGGUUCCCAGGACUUGCUCAAUCUCAACUGGAUACGAGCAAGAUCCAGUUUAACCGGGAUGUGGGACAGUCUAUCCUAGAGAGCUAUUCAAGGAUACUAGAAAGCUUGGCCUUCACGGUCAUGUCUCGUAUUGAAGAUGUAAUGUAUGCAGACUCUCUUGCUCAAAAUCCAUCACUGGCACAAACUGGCAGGAAGCCCUCAGCAGUCUGCUUGCCAUUGACAGGCUCGGCCAGGGAAGAGACAGAGAAGAAUCCAACAGAGACACAGACACCGACUUCUAUGACAUUAUCUGAUUUCAUGGGUUGGCAUUUGAUGGGAGAUACUGAGCCAGGUAGAAGCUCCUCAGGAAACUCAGAUGACUUGAAAGAUGACAGUGGCAUGCUUGCAGGUAAACUUAAUAAAGUUGCAAUCCAUAAGAAAAGCAAUUCCUAUCUAGACAAGCUCGAGAACCUCGGUGGCCUAAGAAGUCCAACAUCUCGCCAUUGAGGAUGAUAGCUAUGGAGAAAAAGAUAAACAAAAAGAACAAGGAUACAGAGGAAGGCUCAACUAGUGAAAGAGGUUCAACUCAUCAAAUGUAAAUAUUCUAUUGUUUUGUCAUUCAUACUGUUCUUCCUUCCCAUUAUGGAUAGGGAAGCAUAAGCAUUUAACCCUUGGAUUUGAUGCAUCCAGGAUGUGCUUCAGGCCACAUCCUUUGUUGAGUCAUAGUUGCAGUUACUGUAAUGUUUUUUUCUCUGAAGAAACAGUUUACUCCUCACACCA